CUGAUAGAUGUCAGCAUCAUUGGCCGAGGCUCGUGUUCGUCGACGCGUGCAUUCAAAAUGACCCAGACAUAAGGUAGGAUCUCAAGUAGAGUACUUUGCGUAUCAUUCUUGCCGGCAUCCAGAUUUGUUGUCUUGACCGCAACCACCGUGAGAAGGACUCACUUGCAGAUUAGUCUCACAAGGUUAGAAGAGGUCCUUGCGCCAGUUGUGAGACGUCGUUCAGCGUUCACAAGUACGAAAGAGAUCAGCACAUAUCGACUUUUUCGCCUAGUUCAAGAUGUCUGAUUCUCCGAUUCCCGUCAUAACGCCUCUCAAGCGCGAUCCUUCCACACAGCUCGACAUCAUCAUUGUUGGAGCAGGUAUAGGCGGUGUAGGCGCUGCCGUUGCCCUUCUCCUUGCCGGCCACAAAGUCACCAUCCUCGAGGCAGCAUCAGAGAUUGCUGAGGUGGGAGCAGGUCUCCAGCUCUUACCAAACUCCUCACGCGUCGUGCAAUCAUGGGGCCUGCGAGAACGUCUCGAGCAACACGCCACGAAGCCUCAACGCAUCAAUGUGCUCGGCUGGAAGGGCAACUUGAUCUCCUACAUGGACUUUCACGAAAGUGCCAAGGCAUAUCCUGGGACCUUCUACUGGGACUUUCACCGCGCCAAUCUGCACAGAUGCAUCCUCGACCGGGCAGUGGAGUUGGGUGCGGAGAUCAAGGUUCACUCGAGAGUGGUCGAUGUGAGGAUAGCAGACGACGAAUCCGAGACUGCCACUGUGCUGUUGUCAUCUGGCAUCGAAUAUGUGGCAGAUCUUGUAAUCGGUGCUGAUGGAAUCAACACACGUACGCGGGAAAUAUUGUUGGGCCGUCCUGAUCCGCCAACACCUACAGGUGACCUGGCUUACAGGUUGCUGCUUUCCACAGAAGGGAUGCUCAAAGACCCUGAGCUAGCAAAGUUCGUCACGGAACCACAGGUGAACUAUUGGCUUGGCCCGGACGCUCAUGCGGUCAAUUACGUGCUUCGAGGUGGCAAGCUGUUCAACAUGGUACUCCUAGUACCCGAUGAUAUGCCUGUUGGAAGUGCAAACACCCUGGAAGGCAAUGUCGAGGAAAUGCGCGCCUUGUACAAGGACUGGGAUCCACGAAUUCCGAAGCUGCUGUCAUUAUGUGAGUCGGUGUACAAAUGGAGGCUGCAGAUUCGUGUGAGCAAAGAUCCAUGGACUCAUCCAUCAGGCACCUUUACCAUGCUCGGAGAUGCAGUGCAUGCCACUUUACCAUAUCUUGCCUCUGGCGCGGGCAUGUGUCUUGAAGACGGGGCGGUGCUCGGCGAGUUGUUCUCGCGGGCUCAAAAUCCAAGGUCUCCGAUUGUCAAGAAACAGCUGCUCGAAAUAUACGAAAAGUGUCGACAGGAUAGGACAGACAUGAUCGUGAAAAGGGGCAACCUACAGCAAUAUCUUUACCACCUUCACGAUGGGCCAGAGCAAGAAGAGCGAGAUCGAAAGAUGAAGGCAGAGGAACCAGGUGAGGCUCUGGCUUGGAGAGACUCAGAGUUGGCACCACAGUUGUUGGGCUACCAAGUCGAAAAAGAUGUCAGUACCGUACCCACUCUGGGGUUGCUGAUUGACUGACGCAAAAUAGGUCGACCAAUACUGGCCCCCGGAGGGCCUUGGGGAGCAAGAUGGUGAGCUGAACUCGUCUGCCAUUCAGAGUCG